AUGGCUUCAACCAUUCUUCCAUUAACCAACGCUCAAUUCGCUUCGUUUCAUUCUCACCACUCUCUUCCUUCCAUCGCCAAGUGGGGAUGGAGAAGAGAGCAAGAUGCAAGGAUGGCUUCACAUAGGACCCAAAGUCAAGCAUUUCGAGUCCUUGCUAAUCCCAAUGUAUCUUCAGGGAAGGAUGGUUCAAAAAAGGAUGUAAUCAUGGUUGAUCCCGUGGAAGCCAAGCGAUUAGCGGCCAAACAAAUGGAAAGAAUUAAAGCAAAAGAAAAACUCAAGAAAACACGCCAAAUUGAGGCGAUUAAUGGAGCUUGGGCAAUGAUCGGUCUAACGGUAGGCCUGGUUAUUGAAGGCCAAACUGGAAAAAGUAUUAUGACUCAGCUGCAAGACUACUUUGGAGCAAUUAUUCACCUUUUUGUGAAGUAG